AUGCAACCUCCAAUGUACUCAAAAGAAUGGUUAUCCUCUCUGCAUCCUGAGUUGUUUUAUGGACUUCGCAAACUGCAAACCUUGCAUUUACGUUCCAACUCCCUGCGGACUAUCCCAGUCCGCCUUUUCUGGGACUGUCGUAGUCUGGAGUUUCUGGAUUUGAGCACAAAUCGCUUGCGAAGUUUGGCUCGCAAUGGAUUUGCAGGAUUAAUCAAACUGAGGGAGCUUCACCUAGAGCACAACCAGCUGACAAAGAUUAAUUUUGCUCAUUUCCUACGGCUAAGCAGUCUGCACACGCUCUUCUUGCAGUGGAACAAAAUUAGCAACUUGACAUGUGGGAUGGAGUGGACCUGGGGCACCUUAGAAAAGCUAGAUUUGACUGGAAAUGAAAUCAAAGCCAUUGAUUUGACAGUUUUUGAAACUAUGCCUAAUCUUAAAAUACUCCUAAUGGAUAACAACAAGCUAACCACUCUGGAUUCCAAGAUCUUAAAUUCACUUACAUCCAUAACUACAGUGGGCCUCUCCAGCAAUCUGUGGGAAUGCAGUCCAAAGAUAUGUGAAUUAGCCACAUGGCUGAGUGGUUUUCAAGGUCGGUGGGAGCACUCCAUACUGUGCCACAGCCCAGACCACACCCAAGGAGAGGAUAUUCUAGAUGCAGUUUACGGUUUUCAGCUUUGCUGGAAUUUAUCAACUAUUGUUACAUCCAUGGUUACAAGUUACAGCUCUCCAACUACUGAGUAUACAAAAAGAAUAAGCUCAUCAAAUUUCCAUAUGGGAGACAAAGAAAUUCCAACUACUGCAGGCAUAGUCGUUACUACUGAAGAACAUUUCACUGAACCAAACAAUGCCAUCUUCACUCAACGGGUAAUUACAGGAACAAUGGCUUUAUUAUUUUCUUUCUUUUUUAUCAUUUUUAUAGUGUUCAUCUCCAGAAAAUGCUGCCCUCCCACAUUAAGAAGAAUUAGGCAGUGUUCAAUGAUUCAAAACCACAGGCAACUCCGAUCCCAAACACGGCUACAUAUGUCAAACAUGUCAGACCAAGGACCAUAUAACGAAUAUGAACCCACCCAUGAAGGACCUUUCAUCAUCAUUAAUGGCUAUGGACAGUGCAAGUGUCAGCAGCUGCCAUAUAAAGAAUGUGAAGUAUAA